UUGAUAGCGAAUGCCCAGCGGUGAGCAAGAAGCGAUACCGGAGUUGAGUGCUCGGCAUAAAACGGCAACAAAAAAUUGUUACGUGGCAGGCAAUGGAUAAGCUGCGAGUCAACAAUGCUGCGGCGGCGGCGGUGGCGGCGGCAACGGGCGAGAAUCCCUUCAAGCGGCCAAUGAAUGCACUGCAGAAGCAAUGGUAUCGAGUGCUUCUGGCCAGACGCGUGGGAUUCGGGCAACGCCCUCCGCCGGAUGAGAAGGAGCUAACGUACGCCGACAUUUGUCGUCAGCGUUAUAUGGCCGCAUUCCGGAGAUACAACGAACGUUUCCGCCGGGAAAUGGCCAAGCACGAGGAGAUGCAACGCUGCGCCAUCGAUGCGAUGCGUGUCCACAGAACCUUUGCAAUAACCACGCUCUGGCUGCCAUUGCACUCGAAGCAGGAAAUCAACUCAACGCUGGAGACCCUCGAGCAGGUUCUCAGUGCCGCGGAAAGACGACGCCUUCAGGAGAUACUCAAGCAGGGCGAAUCCCGGCCCGCGCGUCGAUAGUACAGCCAGCAGCUCCUCCAGAACCAACGUUCCGCUCUCCCUCCAUCAUCAUCCUCAUCAUCAUCAUCACAUCUGCCAUGGCUAAGUGAAUUCCAUUUAGCUUGGAUUUCACUUUGCCUUGGAGUCUGAUUUUACGCUACCUCCCUCCCCCCCUGCACGCCACUCCACUCCA